GUCGUUUUGAUCUUCAGUCGGUUUCGAGUCAGCAACCAGUAUUGAACUAUUCACGUUCAAUAUAAUUAUACGAGUAUAAUAAAAUAUAAUAAUGGACGUAAACACCAAGAUUCUGCUUACCACUGUCUAUGUUGUUCUCAUGGCGCUCAGAUCAUUCGGACAAUAUGGAAACAGAUACAUCCAGAGGGGUUUCGCUCACGAAUUUGACGGAUUCGAUCAAGGAAAAUACACGGGUCACGUCCUCCCGUAUUCUCAAACCAAUCAGGGCCAGGGUUACAAUUUAGGGUGGAACGGGUACCAAGGAGGAAACGUUUUCAAUCCGUAUCAGAAGCUAGGAUAUGGAUAUCAAAACCAAGGAUUCGGUGGAGGCCCAGGAUUCGCAGACGGUGCACAACUAUUCGGUGUCCAGCAACCAGCAAAUUUUAUUGGUAAUCAAAGAUUUAGGGUAUGAAU